CGUUAAACGUCAAAUUCGAUUUAUUUAAUAUUCCAUUUUAAUAUUCGCAUUGAAUUUGGCUCUUCAGACAAUCCUACAAGGGACUUUGUCGAAGCUUACACUCGUUUCUCCUGGUUUCACAAGUACAUACCUACAUAAUAGGGUUUUCAUAGCGUUUGCGCCGUAGCGCGCAUAUUAAACACCUCAACAUGGGCUUCACAACUGGAUUCACUGGAGGUGUAACUCUCACCCUCUCAGUGGCUUACCUAGGUGUACUAGCACACCAAAGACACCGAGAGCACCAAGCUGCCAUCCUGCGACAGCAGACUCGUCUAGUAUCCAGUAUCAUCGACCCUCUGCCACCUGUCUUGCCACCCACGAGGGCCGAGCUCGCAGCAGCCGAGCGUGCCAAUCUUAUCGAGAGGGCUAAAGAUCGUUGGAAUGCUGAAAUAGAAGGUGCUGUCCAUUGGGCUCAGAAUAAAGACUGGGAAGAGGUGCGCGAGAAUGUCGAAAUCGCUUUUGCCAGGCUCUGGGCUAGAGCAUUUGAUGAUUCCCAGGGACCUGUAAAGAAGGGUGAGGAUGUGGCAGCAAACGCAAAAGCAGUUGCAAAUGCAAAAUUGGACCAGGGCAAGGAGAAAGCCGCAAGUGUAGCUGCAGCGGCCAAGAGCGCAUAUGCGGAUGCAAAGGCCAAGGGCUCUGAGGUGGUUGGACGUACAGAAGAGAAGGCUGAAGAAGCCAAAGGCUCAUUCCUAGGCGGCUUAGCAAGAAGUAUCUGGAAGAGUAAGGAUGCAGCUGACAAGACGAAGUCGGCAGUAGGAGGAGCUAAGCAAAAAGGCGAAGAGCUCUCAUCACAACUAUCCGCAGAGGAGAGGACACUUAGCCAACGAUACAAGGAAUCGACUGGACCUAAACAGAAUCAAGAUGAGGUUCUAGCCGCAAGAUAUGCUUCGGCUAGAUAGCAAGAUCCAUCACAACGAAAAGUCUUAUAAGGGAGGAAAAGCAAGCAAGUUCGAAUCCCUAGCCUUCAUAUUGUUCAUACAGCGUUCAGCGAGAAAAGCAAUCGAGCCCUAAGUAGUAAUGGAUGUACUCAUGUAUUAUACAAACUACAACUCUACCUAGACGAUUAAUAGAAUACUUAGAUAUCUUA